AUGAUUACAUGUCAAGAUAACUGUUCCAUAAUUAAGUGUGGUGAUGCUUGGGAUGAACCACAAAUCGACUUCCCGUUUGUUGUUAAUGAUCGCCAGGGUGGAGAAUGUGGUUACCCGGGUUUUAAUAUCACUUGCAAUGUUUUUCGUAAAAGUAAAACAGUAUUAGAAAUAUCACGGUCGGAAGAAUUUCUGGUUCGGAAAAUCGAUUAUUUUUACAGAGAGAUAAGGCUUUACGACCAGGACAACUGCCUUGCAAGACGUCUUAGAUAUUCAAAGUUUGAUCUGUCACCUUUCAAGGCUUAUGGUCGUUGGGUUUAUGCCUUCUUCUAUUGUCCACCAUCAAUAAUCAGUGAUCCAAGUGUUGUUGCAUAUUCAAGUGUAAUAUUAAAUGUUCCUUGCCUUAGUAGCCCAACAGCCACUGUAGUGGUUACGUUAUCUUCAGCUUAUUAUAAAUCUUAUCAAAAUGUUUCCGACGCACUCUUUAACGGAGGAUGUCAGGUAGAUGCUUCUGUUUAUAUACCUAUUUCCUCGAAAGCUUCUUCUACCGGUUCUUUUUAUGAUUUUACUACUGAUGAUCUUUAUCUUACAUGGGUCCAACCCGUAAAACCAAGUCCGAGAGAAGCUGAAACCAAUGUUCCACUUCCGAAAGAAGAUGAAACCAAGGAUCCCGAAGUAGAUGAAAAAAGAAUUAAUUGGAAAAAAUUAGCAACAAUAAUUGCACCAAGUCUCGGCGGGAUCGUGGCAAUAGCAACGAUAGUUUGUGUUAUUUGCAGGAGAAAACAAAGAAGCUCCUCUUUGUAA